AUGCCAAAUCUUGAUCCCAAUCUCCUUAAUUCUGAUUCAAAUUCUAAUGUCUAUGCCACAACUAUGUAUAACAACAAUCAACCUCUAACACUGCCAAAUGAGUUUCAACAACAGAUGGACGAGGUUAAUCACUUUAUCACAUCACAGAGCGAGAAAUUGAGAAUAUUGGUGCAAGAGCAAAGAAGGCAGCAAGUGGGGACAUUAUUGAAGAAGGUAGAAUCGGAUAUGUGUCAUAUACUAAGACAAAAGGAUGAACAAAUAGCACAAGCGACAAAGAAAAGGUUGGAGCUGGAACAAUUCUUGAUCAGACUAGAAACAGAUAAUCAAAUGUGGCGGAGAGCUUCUCGGGAAAAUGAAGCUAUGGUGUUGUCCCUCAAUAACGCCUUAGAACAAAUCAAAGAAAGAACAUUGGCUAUAGAAGAAGUAGAGUCAUGUUGUGACAUGAAAAAUCAUGAAGAAGAAACAUGGGAAAACACAAGUCUAAACACAAUUUGCAAAUGUUGUUAUUCACAAGAGUCAUCUUUUAUGUUCCUUCCUUGCAGGCACCUAUGUUCAUGUAAAUCAUGUGAACCUUCUCUCCAAACAUGUCCUGUGUGCUUAAUGCCAAAGAGAUCUAUUAUAGAGACUCUCCCUUUCUAG